CUUCCCCCUGGCCCCCACCGGUCUAUACUCGAGGAGCGGAGCCGAAUUCGCGCCCGCCUCGCUGCUCACUCACCCUACGCAGUGACAUCCUUUCCGUUGCUCGUCUACCCUCUCCGCAUCCCCCACAUCACCCCCGCUCACUAUUCCAACAUGGGCGCAGGACCUCGCUACCCAUACCCAAAGGAAGUCUUCAGUCCGGCAGGAGGAUGGUGGUCAAGGCCUCACAACUGGGUCUCCAACACAGCAGUGUGCGCAGUAGGAAUCGUAGCAGCUACAUAUGGAAUCUGGUCAUACUCGGCUGACAGAGAGUGGCGACACAAGGCUCCUACAAAGUGGAUCCCUAGCAUGAUGUGGGCAAGGCAAUUCAAGGAGGGAGAGCUCGGCAUCAAGGAGCCCUGAGAGGCAAGAGUCUCGGAGGAAUCUUUCUUGGGCAAUACAGAUACACUUCACAUCACUUGCAUUGAGGUGUGAGGACGUGGAGACAUUGGGAUGCGGAGAAAGAGGAGUCGCGAAGUCAUGGGCCUUGGUGGAUCAUCUUUCAUUGCUUUCUGCGUUGCAGUGAGUAGUCAGUCUUGCCCUUUGGGAAGCGGUUUGUUUUAAACGGCGGUAGGACGGCCGCACUCGAGGCCGGAUCGUGCCAGCUCCUUGACUCCCGAUCUGUGGAUGACCUCUGAUGCUUUGGAGAGGGCGAGGGUUGGAGUAGGUAAGAAAGGAUAUAUCACU